ACCUGCUAUGUUUUGAUGGUGAUGUACUGUGUACGCAGACGAUCGAGCCGAUCGUAGGUGUUGGCCUGACAACGUGCUAAACAACGCCAGCCGAAUUUCCCUCGCUACGGCCGAAUCUCAUCCACUGUGGUGCAGUAGGCCUUUAAUAAUACCGCACAUUCAUUACAACUAAACUUGACUUUCAUCCAUGUUAGGAAUCUUGUCGUAAAAAGGAUAAACUCUGUCUCUGAGGAAAUAAUAUACGAAAAAUUCACUCGACAACAGGGUGAAUUUCGAACCAGAUUUUGGAUAUACUUUUACUCCGAAAAUGACGAAGCGUUGUAUAUGCGAGAUCUGCACGUGCGGACGACAUCGCUGUCCCCAUCGGCCAAAGGGUCCUCAGAAGGCCAAUGGACCCUGCACCAUCUCUGAAUACUCCAACAAGUACAAAGCAUAUCCAGGCAAUGGAAUGCGGGAAAAUUUCAAGCCCAAGCCCCAAAUGUUGAAGAGUGGCGAUCCUAUAUCCGAUGCGACAACAAACAGGCUUGAUUAUAUCCCGCAUGAAGUUGAAAGACCGGCCAUGCAUGUCCCAGAACAGUUCAAACCAAAAGAGGGUGACAUAGACCACCUGACGUCCUACACUAAAGACUACCCUCAUCGGAAAGCACAACCUGCCAAGAGUUACCGUGGCAACCAAACUAGGGCUGUAUCUCCUGGUGCAUUUAAGGGAACCCCAACAUAUGUUGAUGACUACAGGAAGUGGAAUCUUCCUCAAAAGGAACAGCUGAAGGAUCAUCAUGCUUACAUCCCACCCAAUGCAGCUUUCGACGGUCUCUCUACAUUCACCAGGGACUUUCCUGCUAAAAGGGCAGCAAUGAGACACAGUAUGAAACCAAAUGAUGAGGCAAAGGUAUCAACUACUCCAUUUGAUGACAAGACAUCGCAUCGCAUGACAUACAUCCCUCAUGCAGCACAACCCAAGUUCGUUCCUGCCAAGCCCCAGUAUAAGAAGAAUCCUCACAAGUUCGAAGGCUUGUCGACUUUCCAGAGGGACUUUAACGCGAAGCAGGGGUACGUCCCAGAAAGCUGCAAACCAAGCAACACACCAUUAAGGUCUGAUCAGCCAUUUGAUGACAACACUACAUUUAGGCAGUCCUACCAGAAGUGGGAUCUGGCACGUCCUUACCAACAUGUCCCCGAGGCAUGGGUGAAACCUGGUGGCCAAAUAGACUUGAACACCACACAUAACCUUGCAUUCCCGGCACACAAGGUCCAACCCGCCCUCCCGGUCCGCCCACACUCUGGCCGUCACGGACAAAAUGUCCCCUUCGAUGACAGAACCCAGUACAAUCAAGACUUUAAGAAAUGGAAUAGCGUACCAACAAGGCGAGGAGACCCAAGUCAGCGGCCGUACGAGAGACCAUCGGUUCCAUUUGAGGGUAUGUCUCACUACCAGACAAACUACCUGGCAAAACAUGCACAUCCAGCAAAGAGCAUGGCUCCUGACAACGUUGCAAAUUUAAGCUCAGAGCCCUUUGAUGACCGUACCAACUACAAGGCUGAGUACAUCCCCAAGGAGUUCUCUCCGUGUCCAGCAGUAGACCUGAAUAAGAGCGGAUUCCAUUAUGCCGAUGUCGAUAAUAGGGGUCAUCAGAUUUGGUUGAAGAAUCAAACCAAUGGAUCCAUGCAGACAAUGCAGAAAACACCACCCCAGCAACUCAAUAUCGAUCAGCCAACGCUUGCAUGAGGCUUGUGCUGAAAGCUAUAUAAUGAGAAGUUCAUGUAUAAAUAGUAACAUAAUAUUUUACUGUAUCAUAACAUGAUUUCAUGUUGCCAAAGCUUCUACAGACUUAAAGUCCAAGUAAAUAUUAUAAAAUAAAUUUUGUAUAUAAAGAAUGUAUAUUGCAGAGAGAUACAAAAAUAUCAACAAGUUGGAAAGUGUGUUCCAAAUGAGUUGGAGCUAUACAUGUGUGUAACAAUGAAGCUAGUUGACAUUGGCAUGAUAUAUAAAUAAUGAAACAAAGUAAUGAAGAAAAUAUAACAAUUGUCAAAAUACAAAUAGACUUGAAUGGCUUGUCAUCGAUCAACAUAUCAGCAGUAUGCAUUUCAAAUAGUUACUAAAUAUGAAAAUAAUUUAUCUUAUUGAAUUUCUUUUAAUAAAAAGUUGAAGUAUAUUUAUACCAAUAUUACAACUUCAUAUAAAAUCUGGUAGCUGUAGAGAAACUUAAAAUAAAGCUGCGACCAGUAUUAGGAUACUCAUGAUAUAUUCAUAAUUCUUCAUACACAUACAUUUAAAGCAUAGAUAAAGGUUCAUUCUUAAUCAGUCAUUUGUUGCUAUGUCAACAAAUAAUAUCUUUUGAUGUUUAAUUUCACCUGUUAGUUAUAUUUAGACAUUGAUACCUAAACUGAGACAAUCACAGCACGGAGACAACACUUUGAUUUGUAAUCAAUAAUUGAGUGAUGACAAAGUACUUGUAUGUGACAUCUCCAGGGAUAAUAAUGUGUUUGGCUUGUUACUAAGGAAGGUGUGAUGAAUAGGAUGGAACCCACAGAAAGCUUGCCUCAGUGGGGGAUGUCAAGUACUAUUAUGGAUCCCUAAAAUAGCUCAGUGCAUUGUAUUAAUAUUACCCAGGAUUUGAUUUUUGUUCCAAAUGUUUGGGUUCUUGCUUAGGAGAGUACUGUACAUGUAUUUCUACCAGAUGAAAUUUAUAAGUACUUCAAAGCAUUGUCAGUGAAACAUCUUCAGUUAUAACUCAACCUUGUGAAUUUGCUAAAUGGAAUGUCGGAGUAUGUGAAUAAUGUAAACUCACCUGUAUUUAAGUGAGUUUGAAAAUCCUAAUAAUGUAUUGACUGUGGCUGUUAUAUAUCUUGAAUUUGUAGGAAUAAUUCUGGUUAUUUACAUGUAACUAGUGGAUGAUGUAACUGAACACUGCAUACUUUUAAGAACCUUGGCCCUAUAAAAAUAUCUGUAUAAAUUACAAUGAAAUUCCUCUCAAUUACACAGAGUAUUCAAAUAAAUCGUAUAAUUUCGUAUCACAUCUUGUAUCACAUAUCUUGUCAAGUAUGCACUUUACAAAGAUACAAAGUUCAAUCAUGUAUAUUUGAGGAAAUUGUCUGAUAAAACACAAAUACAAAUGCUUUAUCACCAUAUACCAAGUGUGAAGUACAUGUUUUUCAAUUGAUUGAUUUGUUUAUACCUAGAAAGAAAUCAAUCUGUGAUGUCAAACACUUUUGAGAUAUAACACUGAUAACACCAUAUGCGGCACUGGCUACAUGGGGUUUGUGCACACUCGUCCAAAACCACUUGGUCUAGUUUCCAGAUUGAAUCGAAUUGAGAUACAUGUAUCUAGAUCUUCAUGAGGUUUCAAACUUUCCUUGGUCCAAAUUCCAUUAUCAGGCUUUAACAUCACUUGGUUUGAUCUAAUUACUAUUUGAAAAUUAGCACAUAUAUAUAUAUAUAUAUGCUAAAGAGUCAAAUAUAAAUGUCCUGAAUGGCCUAAGCCUACUCUAAAAAUUAAACAGAUUAUGCAUGUAUGUAGACCAAAUUGAAGUCAACCACAUGGACUUUAUACUGAACAGUUAAUUAGACCAAAUGGUUACUGACCAAACAAUGAACUGUGCCAUCUGCAGGGUACAAUUAGUCUUCUCAGGAAGGAGGGAAAUCUUAUUUUCUUCAAUAUAAAAAAAAAAUUGUAAUUUUUUUUAUUUUACUCAGAAUUUAAGGAUUACUUUCUUGUAAGCAUAUUGUAUCACGAGAAUUUUGAAAUAGAUUUACAAACAAGGCUGAGUUUAGCACUGUAAUAGUACACUGUAUGUACAUUUUCUAUCUUCUAUAAAAUUAUUUUAAUCAAUGAUAAGCUUCAAACUACUGAAAUAGUGCAAUUUUGUCAAUGAUUCUUGCAUUUGUAUAUUGAUGAAAAUCUUAGGAAUAUUCCCCAUAUUGAAAUCACAUCUAUUAUAAAUUUUCCUCUGCAUUUUGUACUUGUAAAUAAAGAAACUAGUCUGAAAUGUAUUUUCCUUGCUGUGUAUUUACCUGUACAAUGCUGUAUAUUUUAAAGAUGCCUCGAGGCAUAAAAAGAAAUGAACAUAGAAGAGUUUAAGUGGUCUAUAUUGACUAUCUGUCAUUUUGGGGUCAAUAAUUAGAUUGAAAUUCUCCAUGGCACAUGUAAAGUAUAUGUAAAUGUAGAUUAGCAAGCACUUAUGUUUCUAUUCCAUUUCUCAUAAUUAUCUAUUUCUUCCAUCCUCAUCAGCUCUUAAAGGACAAGACCACCCAGAAAAAGGGGAUUUGAAUCAAUAAAGAACAAUCAAACAAGCCUUACGCUGAAAAUUUCAUCAAAAUCAGAUGUAAAAUAAGAAAGUUAUGCCAUUUCAAAGUUUCGCAUAUUUUUCACAUAACAGAACUUUAUAUGCACAACUCAGUGAUAUGCAAAUGAAAGAGUCGAUGAUGUCCCUCGAUCACUAUCUCUUUUGUUUUUCAUUGCUUGAAUUAUACAACAUUUCAUUUUUUACAAAUUGACCUUGAGGACCAAAAGGGGGACCAACUUGACUGAACCAUAAAAUGUUCAAAUAAUGGUAAUUCCAAAUGUUCAGGGAGGAAUAAAACUUUGUUUUAUAUGACAAUGAGAAAAUAAGAAUAUUUCAUUUGAUAAAAUACAAAGGAAAUAGUGAGUGGGUGACGUCAUCAGUCCCCUCAUUUGCAUAUUGAUCAGGAUGUGCAUAUACAUUAACUGUUUUGUGAAAUUAAACAAAACUUAAAAAUGUCACAACUCUCUUAUUUUACAUCAGAUUUUUGAUGAAAUUUUCAUUGUUAUGCUUGUUGGAUUUUUCUCUUUUUAUUCAAAUAAACUUUAUGCUUUGGUGGACUUGUCCUUUAAAGAUCUCAUCUUUAUCUUUGAUAGGCUGACUUUAAUCACUAUAUUCAAAUCAAUAUGAGUAACCAAACAUUCAAUUUAAGUCAAAUGUAUAUCAUGCUUGUAUCAUAUGAUUAAAUUAUGAAAUAAAGAGUAGAAUUAUGAUCAAUGCCAAUUGAAAUUCCAA